CGUCGGAGCCACAGAUUGCUGGCACCUGGCCGUUUUAAUCGCUGCCGAAGCCUGAGUCCUAGACUGUGGCCUUCCGCACAAACAUGCCGGGACCUCCUUUUUUGCAACCGCAUCUAAGCAUAUUGUUCCCUUAACGUUUGCUCAGGCGCAGCACAUGCCAAUCGGACCUUUUGCAGGCGUGACAAGGGACACUAGACCUAGGCCUGCAUAAUUUACCAGUUUCUUAGGAAUGGCAGUGUACAUUACUUUCAAGGAAAAAGCAAUUGAGUUUGCAAAGCAGGCGGUCGUAGAAGAUGAGGCUAAUAAUUAUGACAAAGCGUUGCAGCUAUACCUUUCUUCGCUUGAGUACUUCAAGACGUAUCUGAAGUAUGAAAAGAACGAGAAAUGCCGGGAGGCGGUGAUGGCCAAGUUCAAAGAGUACCUUGCACGGGCGGAGUACCUGAAAGGAGUCAACGGUACUGAUACUGGUGGCAACGACAGCGGCACGGCAGCAGCCCAGAAAGUCCGGAAGCCUGGGCAAAAUAAGGAUGAGGAGGACAACAAGGAGAAGGAAAAGCUCAAAGCCGGGCUCACCGGGGCAAUCCUCACGGAGAAGCCGAAUGUACGGUGGGAUGACGUGGCGGGACUGGAGGGCGCCAAGGAGGCCCUCAAGGAGGCGGUCAUCUUGCCGGUCAAGUUCCCGCAGUUCUUCACAGGCAAAAGAAAACCAUGGAGCGGCAUUUUGCUAUACGGACCACCCGGUACAGGGAAGUCGUACUUGGCAAAGGCCGUCGCGACGGAGGCCGACUCGACUUUUUUCAGCAUCUCCUCCCAGGACCUGGUGUCCAAGUGGUUGGGCGAGAGCGAGAAGCUUGUGUCACAGUUGUUCGCACUCGCGAGGGAGAAUGCGCCCUCCAUCAUCUUUAUCGACGAGGUGGACUCGUUGUGUAGCGCCCGAGGUGACAACGAGAGUGAGGCGGCUCGGCGCAUCAAGACGCAGCUGAUGAUCGAGAUGCAGGGCGUCGGAUCCAACAACAGCCGUGUGCUAGUGCUCGGGGCGACCAACUUGCCGUACAAUUUGGACCAGGCCAUCCGCCGCCGCUUUGACAAGCGCAUUUACAUCCCGCUGCCCGACGAGUCGGCGCGUGCGCACAUGUUCAAGAUCCAUCUGGGUGAUACACCGAAUGAUCUGACAGAUGCGGACUAUCGGGAGCUGGGUCGGCGCACGGAGGGCUUUUCCGGCAGCGACGUAAGCGUGGUGGUAAAGGACGUGUUGAUGCAGCCCAUCCGCCUGUUGCGGGAGGCCACACACUUCAAGAGGGUCCGAACACCGGAUGGAGGCGAGGGCUGGGAGCCGUGCAGUCCUGGGGACCGCGGGGCUCAGGAGCUCAGCCUCAACCACUUUGCGGAGAAUGGCCUGGCGGACAAGGUUCUGCCGCCCCGCAUCACGAUGCGCGACUUUGAAAAGGUGCUGGUGCGCGCACGACCCACCGUGGGCAAGUCCGAUUUGAACGUGUUUGAGCGAUUUACAGCGGAAUUUGGAGAGGAGGCUGUUUGAGCGAGGGGAGGUAGAAAGGCAGGCGAGGGAGGGCGAGGUGGCAAAGCGGAAGGUCCCGGACCGCCAAUUGCGCAUUUUCUCCGUCCACUGAACCACUCGGCGCGCCAGAAGGAGUUGCAACAGCGGAGGGAGAGGGGGUGAAAGAAACAGUGACGCGGAGUCUCGAGUGCGUCAAGGGUACAAGAGCGGUGGCGAUGGAGGCGUCAGCAGAGGCAGUCUGGGGAUCCGAUAGACUUGAAGAGUAGAUGAGCAGAUGAACAUGAGCGGACAGACAGGUAGCUAGGCAAUGCCGCGCAGCCGCAUGAUGGGAUUCAAACGGGCCGUUAUGGGUUAUGGCCCUUCCAUGCAGUUGGAGCCGCGUGGGGAUCUCGGGAGCCCCUGGGGCGGUCAGGGUGCGGUUUUUGCUAUGGGGGUUGCGUGCCUUCUGGGGGGCCGCCCCCACAGUUUCUUUACUGCAACUGAGAGGGACAAUAUCUGUGUGCAACCACCUGGUUUGUAAUCCUACAGAGAGG